AUGGCCGUUCGUGGCAACUCGCUGAUGCCUUUCUCAAUCCAAGCCAUCCUGAACAAAAAGGACGACAGCCGACACUUGCCAGAUUUGGACAUGUGCUUCUCCAAGACUGCGUGCUGGAAAAUAUUUGGGGAGAUGAACGGCGGGUCUGGGAGAGAUGAUGGGGAGUCUUGUGAGCCGACGGACCAGAAAAGCUACGACUCGGACUCGGGACUCAGCGAUGACAACGACAGCAAGACUCCGGCCGUGUGCAAGUCGGAGAAGGACGGAGACCCUGUGUCGGAUGUGCCGGAGGAAAGUCUGCAAGAGGAAACGGACCACGAAUCUGCAGCUGUGGAAAACGCGAAGAGUGACAGUGAGCCGAAUAACGCUACAGACUCCAGCACCCUGGACGAUAAGAACCUGGACCAGCCCAAACAGAGGAAGAAGCGCUCCAGAGCGGCCUUCUCCCAUGCUCAGGUCUUCGAAUUGGAGCGCCGCUUCAACCACCAGCGGUACCUGUCCGGACCGGAGCGGGCGGAUCUGGCGGCCUCCCUGAAGCUCACAGAGACUCAGGUCAAGAUCUGGUUCCAGAACCGCAGGUACAAGACGAAACGUCGCCAGAUGGCCGCCGAUCUGAUGGCGUCGACCCCGGCGGCCAAGAAGGUGGCGGUGAAAGUUUUGGUGCGGGACGACCAGAGACAGUACAGCCCGGGAGAGAUCCUGCGGCCCCCGCUGCUCUCCCUGCAGCCAUCCUACUAUUAUCCCUACGCCUACUGCCUCCCUGCGUGGACACUCUCUGCGUGUGCGGGGAAUCAGUGA